CAGUUUUAUAGUUAGCUCCAUAGAGCACACAUCUCGAAAAAGUUUUAUUUUUCUAUUUCUUGUGUAAUUUUUUGUUUGUGUGUCUAUCUAAAGCACGUUUAGUCUCUCUUGAAAGUCAGUGUCAAAAUUCAACGUAUUUAAGCACACAGCGUAAUUCUAUCGCGCGCCCCCCCCCCCCCCCCCCUUUCCGUCUAUAUAUACCGACACGCACACCCUCAUCCACACACCUCACACCUCACACCUCACAUAGACAUCAAAUAUGAGCAGCACAAAGAAGUUUGGUCUGAGCAGCAGCGCCCAGAAUGCCUUCAGCUCGAUGCGAAAUUUCUAUCAAAAUCACGCCGUUGCAAGUGCAGCAAGUAAUCUCAUGCAGCUGCAAAUGCAGCAGCAGCACCAUCAAAUGCAGCAGCAGCAGCAUCAGCAGCAGAAGCAGCAGCAGCAUCAGCAGGCCAAGGCUACGAAAGGUGCGCGCUUAGGUAACUGGAAGGUGGAGCGCACCGGUACGCAACGAGUGUCGAAUGUGGGUCGCCUGAGCAAAGUGAUUGGCGUUAAGAAGACUCUGGUCAACCAGAUGCAGGGCAUGGUCCAGACGCUGCGACCAAAAGUCAGAACGCAAGCGCUGAUGGCGCAUGACUUGGCGCAGACCAGCUCCAAGUAUAAAAUAUACGGCCAGACAAAGCUGUUCUCCUCGAUGAGCAGCCUGCAGGCGCGCAGCAGCUGCAGCAGCAACAGCGCCAUCUUCAGCCCCGUCUCGCAGAAGCGGCGCCUGUCCAGCAGCAGCCACCAGUCGCUGCCGCUGACGCUGGCCCACAGCUCCGUUGCGCAGCAGCGCUACAAUCAGUCGGGCGAUUUGCAGGAUAAGCGCAACGGGGAUCUGGCCAGAGACAUAAGUCGUUCUAUACAGUCCGAGCUGAUGCAGGUCGAUCCGAACACCAAGCGGCUGAUUAGCUGCGCCCGUGGCAAAGCGGACCUGGCCAGCUACGACGACGAAGAUGAGGAGCAGCAGCUGCAACAGCAACUGCAUCAGCAGCUGCAACAGCAGCAAUACCAUCAGCCGUUGAAUUACGAUCCGCUCGCGGGCUGGAAUCACCCACCACGUCAAUCGAAACAUAACGAGACGAGAGCCGACGAGGACAACAACCUCGCCAAGCAACGCAAGCCUCUGCGUCGCAAGCCGACCAACAUUCGCUACAAGGACGACAGCGGUGAGCAGCCAGUCAAACAGCAGUUUGUCCAGCCCAGUCUGCACAGCCGUAAGCUGCAGGCCCAGCUGGGCGAGCUGUACUCGAGCUCCGCCAAGCUGCGCUCCGAGAAGCAACGCAGCGACCUGCGCAAGCAGCAGAACUUUCAGAGUUCGCUCUCCUCUGAGAUGCUGGCGACGCCAUCCAAUUGGGAUCGGGAUGCGUCGGCGGCGCAGGAUGAACGCUACAAGCAGAAGUCAACCGAGCGCGAAUAUAUCGAGCGCAACAUCCUGAAAAUUGAACAGGAUGAGGCGGAGGCAGCCGGAACGGCCGAUGGCGCCGGCAGUCGCAUGGACGACCUGCAUUAUCAGUCGAAAAUGGCCGCCAAUUUGAUGAGCGCCUCGCAGCGCGUCAUCAACAAACAGUACGAGGGCUAUCGCAACUAUCUGCUGGAUGCGCGCAACAAGUCCGUGCAGCUUUCGCUGACCAAGAAUAUCGUUCAGUCGGUGAGUCCAACACCGCUGGCCAAAGUGCCCAACAAGCCGCCAGCGCCCAAAACCCGUCUCAUGUCGAUGAGUCGCCCCAACUCGUCCAAGUCGAAGCAGACGGCGGCUAGCCCAAAGCCAAAGGGCGGGCCGAUUGCCGUGCAGUCGAAACGAGUUGCACCCAAAAUGAUGCCAAAGAAGAACCUGUUCGGCACGGGACAAUUGAAAUUGGACAUGGCCAACAAAUUGGAGAAAGCGAUGCGCUCCAAAUCCAGCAGUCCCUCCUGGAGCAGCAGCAGCAAUAUACAGCAGCAACAGCAACAGCAAAAGCAGCAGAAGCAGCAGAAGCAGCAGAAGCAGCAAAAUAAGCAAAGGCAGCAGCAAAGGCAUCAGAGGCAGCACUCUGGAAAUCCCAACCAGCAGCUGCGCCAGAUGUCCCAGGCACCGCAUGGAUCCCAAAUGCGUUUGGGUGAGAUGCGCGAAUCCCAAAAGCCAGAUGAAGAUUAUACCCGCGAAAGAAUGCAAAAUGACGUCCUGAUGCCAAACGAAUAUACCAAGGAGUCGGCGGUGCAGCGUUUGGGCAAUGUGUUCGAAAAGCGAACCAGCCACGCCCACUACGCACAGCAGCGCGCACGCCAAUAACUAAGCCCCUGAGCUAAGGGGUGACGUCGACGUCGUCGACGACGACGACGACGACGACGACGACGAUGACGACGACGAUUCGUUGCAAGCUCCUUAAUUUGUCGGUUUUUUUUAACGUCAACUGAGCGCAAGCCCCAAUUCGUAUGGGAAUCAUCUUCAAACAGCCGUGCAGUUCGAUAGAGCUCCAAAUUAAAUAUCACAAAAUUCUUCUCCAGUUUAAAGACUAUUCACACAAACGUUUACUGUCCCAAAUUUUAUCCCGGUUUAUGUAGAAUCAAAUAAAUAAAUCUAGGCGAACACAAAAUAAACAGUUGUGCGAAAUUUACGUAGAAUUAAAAGUCGUGUGCCAAA